AGGAGGGAGGGAGGAACGAAUGAAGGAAAGUAAGCGGCAGGAGCACGCGGCUGUCCCGCCCCAACCCUCUCCAAGAGCCGGGUUCGAUCCCUUUAAAGGAGGGGGCGGCCGGGAGGACGCGGGCGCAGGGCGGGCGUCCGGUCGGCAUGGUAACUCGUGGGUCGGGCCCCGCGCCCGCCUCUGCUCGCUCCGCCCCCCCCACCUCCCCCCCCACACCGCGGGGCCCCCUCUCCGGCCGCGCUCCGGGCGGGGCCCCCGCUGCGCCCCCAGUGCUGACUCGCCCCCAGGCCGGCCUGGAGCCGCUGGCGGAGCUCGGAGCCGCGCAGCCCGCACGCCCCCCCUGCACUUGGUCCCCGCGGCGCCCCGGCCAGCGGGUCCCGGGCCGGCCAUGAACCGGAGCCCCGCGUUCGCGCCCCGGAGGGCCGGGUCUCCCCGGAGGGCGGCUGGGGUCGGUGCACGGCGCCAGGAGAGCCGGGACUACCUGCUGCUGGACGCGGGGCCGGGGGACGGCGGCGAGGCUCAGCCCCCGCGGCCGGAGCCGGGUUACCACCGCUGCGGCCAGGACACCGACAACAGACUGGCCCACCGGCGGCAGACGAUUCUCCGUGAGAAGGGGAGAAGGUUAGCCAACCGAGGACCAGCUUACAUGUUUAACGAUCGCUCAACAAGCUUAUCUAUUGAGGAGGAACGUUUUUUAGAUGCUGCUGAAUAUGGCAACAUCCCAGUGGUGAGGAAGAUGUUAGAAGAAUGUCUGUCCCUCAAUGUUAACUGUGUGGAUUACAUGGGCCAGAAUGCCCUGCAGUUGGCCGUGGCCAACGAGCAUCUGGAAAUUACAGAACUUCUUCUCAAGAAAGAAAACCUCUCUCGUGUUGGGGAUGCUUUGCUUCUAGCUAUUAGUAAAGGUUAUGUUCGGAUUGUGGAAGCUAUUCUCAGUCAUCCAGCUUUUGCUGAAGGCAAGAGGUUAGCAACCAGCCCCAGCCAGUCGGAACUGCAGCAAGAUGAUUUUUAUGCCUAUGAUGAAGAUGGAACACGGUUCUCUCAUGAUGUGACUCCAAUCAUUCUGGCCGCCCACUGCCAGGAAUAUGAAAUCGUGCAUACCCUCUUGCGGAAGGGUGCUCGGAUUGAACGGCCUCAUGACUAUUUCUGCAAGUGCAGUGAGUGCAGCCAGAAACAGAAGCAUGACUCCUUUAGUCACUCCAGAUCUAGGAUUAAUGCCUACAAGGGCCUGGCAAGUCCAGCUUACCUGUCACUGUCUAGUGAAGACCCAGUCAUGACAGCUUUAGAACUCAGCAAUGAGCUGGCCGUGCUGGCCAACAUUGAGAAGGAGUUCAAGAAUGACUACAAAAAACUGUCAAUGCAGUGCAAGGAUUUUGUUGUCGGACUCCUUGAUCUGUGCAGAAAUACCGAAGAAGUGGAGGCCAUUCUGAACGGGGACAUCGAAGUGUAUCAUGGUGGGGGAGAUCACAGCCGUCCAAAUCUCAGCCGCUUGAAACUUGCCAUUAAAUAUGAAGUAAAAAAAUUUGUAGCUCAUCCAAACUGUCAACAGCAGCUUCUGUCCAUAUGGUAUGAGAACCUCUCCGGUCUGCGGCAGCAGACCAUGGCGGUUAAGUUUCUCGUGGUCCUGGCGGUUGCUGUCGGAUUGCCCUUCCUGGCUCUCAUUUACUGGUUUGCUCCAUGCAGCAAGAUGGGGAAGAUUAUGCGCGGACCGUUCAUGAAGUUUGUGGCACACGCUGCUUCCUUCACCAUUUUUCUGGGGCUGCUGGUGAUGAAUGCUGCUGACAGAUUUGAAGGCACCAAACUCCUUCCCAAUGAAACCAGCACAGAUAAUGCAAAACAGCUGUUCAGGAUGAAAACGUCCUGCUUCUCAUGGAUGGAGAUGCUCAUUAUAUCCUGGGUAAUAGGCAUGAUAUGGGCCGAAUGUAAAGAAAUUUGGACGGAAGGCCCCAAGGAAUACUUGUUUGAGUUGUGGAAUAUGCUUGAUUUUGGUAUGCUGGCGAUCUUUGCUGCAUCAUUCAUUGCGAGAUUCAUGGCAUUUUGGCAUGCUUCCAAAGCCCAACACAUCAUUGAUGCAAAUGAUACUUUGAAGGACUUGACCAAAGUGACACUGGGAGACAAUGUGAAGUAUUACAAUUUGGCCAGGAUAAAGUGGGACCCCUCUGAUCCUCAAAUUAUAUCUGAAGGUCUUUAUGCAAUUGCUGUAGUUCUAAGUUUCUCAAGAAUAGCUUAUAUUUUACCAGCCAAUGAAAGCUUUGGACCUCUGCAGAUAUCACUUGGAAGAACAGUGAAGGACAUCUUCAAGUUCAUGGUCAUAUUCAUCAUGGUGUUUGUGGCCUUUAUGAUUGGAAUGUUCAACCUCUACUCCUACUACAUUGGUGCAAAACAAAAUGAAGCUUUCACAACAGUUGAGGAGAGUUUUAAGACACUGUUCUGGGCUAUAUUUGGACUUUCUGAAGUGAAGUCGGUGGUCAUCAACUAUAAUCACAAAUUCAUUGAAAAUAUCGGUUAUGUUCUUUAUGGAGUCUAUAAUGUCACAAUGGUCAUUGUUUUGUUAAAUAUGUUAAUUGCAAUGAUCAACAGUUCAUUCCAGGAAAUUGAGGACGAUGCUGAUGUCGAGUGGAAAUUUGCAAGGGCCAAGCUUUGGUUUUCCUACUUUGAAGAGGGGAGAACAUUACCUGUUCCCUUCAACCUGGUGCCAAGUCCAAAGUCCCUGUUUUAUCUCUUACUGAGGCUUAAAAAAUGGAUUUCUGAGAUGUUCCAGGCCCAUAAAAAAGGUUUCCAGGAGGAUGCAGAGAUGAACAAGAGAAAUGAAGAAAAGAAAUUUGGAAUUUGGGGAAGUCAUGAAGACCUUUCAAAAUUAUCACUUGACAAAAAACAGCUUGGGCAUAGUAAACAAUCAAGUAUAAGGAGCUCACAAGAUUUCCAGUUAAAUAGUUUCAAUAAUCCUCCAGGAAAGUAUCAGAAAAUUAUGAAGAGGCUCAUUAAAAGAUACGUCUUACAAGCCCAGAUAGAUCGGGAGAGUGACGACGUGAAUGAAGGGGAACUGAAGGAAAUUAAACAGGACAUCUCAAGCCUCCGCUAUGAGCUCCUUGAAGAGAAAACUCAGAAUUCAGAAGACCUCGCAGAACUUAUUAGAAAACUUGGGGAGAAAUUAUCAACGGAACCAAAGCAAGAGGAAGGCAAUAGAUAAUGCAAAGAUGUCCAUUAAAAAUACUAUUUAUUUGUCUACUUGAAGCCAUAUUAUUUUCCAAUUUACUUUUUAAGUGCCAUUGUGACCAUCUUUUAGACAAGAAAAUGUCCAAAGAUAACUUGGGAAAUUCCAUUAUCUGAAACCCUAAUAUUUAAUAUUUUUGGUGAUUAAAUUUCAUUGUUCAGGCUAAAGUUUGCGGAUUAUGGUGAAAAUCAUGCCCGACUAUUUGAUGUUUUCUUGAGCAUAACAAUCGUGAUGCUGUGCUUGCUAUCUCGUGUCUGCCUGGGGAUUGUCUUGGCUGGUAGGAGGAGGCUGACACAGCACACUCUCCGUGUGGUCUUUACCUUGAAGGUGAUUUCAGGUAACUGCUUGCCUACCUUAUGGAUUCCCUGAUGGUGACUUCCAGCCCUGAAAUCUAGGGACAGAUAACCUGUAGCUGUUUGGAAAAUGCUAUUUAAUCAUCUGCUCUAAGCCCUCACAGAAUAUGAUUGGUAAUAUCUGUGCAAAAUUGGGUUAAAUCUUUCCUAAAUUUGCCAGUUCACCUCUUUGAAAACGUUACACUUAACAGUGAAAAAGUGCUUCCUCUACUGAGCCCUGGGAACAUGGUUUAGUUUGUGUGUGUAUGUGCAUGUGCAUAUGCAUACACACGCGAGUGCACAUAGAAAAGUGUAUAUGAAAUGCUUGUCCUGUUUUCUUUUGUAGCCAAUAUGGACUCUCAAAACCUCUUUAUCUUUUGAUUUCUACUGUGACUGAAAAAUUAUUGUCCAAAUAAUGAAUCCUUUAUUGGAGAAGUAUCAAAGUCACAACUGAUUAUUUGGUCCAAUUAUAGCAUAAUGUUGUGCUUUUUUUGAGGCAUUUACAGGUAAAUCCCACAUUUGGCAUUGGGUAUAAAGGAAACUGUGGAGGGAACUUGCAAAUACUUACCUUUAUUCUCAGUAUGUUCUACCCUCUGUCAAAAUAUAUGAAGCAGGGAUGUGCGUUUGUAGGCAUCCACGUAGGCUGCUCUUACGAUGUGAAGCAAUAUCUACAACGAUUAAAAGAGAGAGGUGAAAGUUCAUCUUUUCAACUACACAGACUACCAACAUUUAAAUGAUGCUGGGUAUUAACUGGAAAUGUUUCUUUAAAUUCAGUAAAGAGAGGUUUCAAAUGCAAAUUUUUAACUUCAUUUUAGAGAUAAAAUAGUCACAAAAAUCUAGUUAGCCCCAACUUUGAAUUAAUUUAAGUCAAAGUAGUUUUAUGUAACCAGAUCACAAAAUGCAACUGAAAUUUGCACUCAGUGAUUUUGUAUUUGUGGGUAUCAUUUACUGAGAAGUUAUUUAGUAAUACAGAAAAGGUAGGCUUUCAAAUGUUUUGUGACAGCAUCUGAGCCAGAAGUUGUAAAAAUCAGCCUCAUAGCAAAUGCACUAUUAGCAAGUUAAAAUAACCUAACACCCACAAAGCUUUGUGUUGUGCCAUGAAGGAGAUUGGCCUCUAUGCCAAGGGGUGCUCUGUGACAGCAAAUGGGCUUGACUCCAAAGAAUCCAGAAAAGAUACUCACAUUCCUCAGUGUCUUUUAAGUUGGGCUGACCUGACAAGAUGAAAGUUUUGGGAGCUGCAACAGGGAUGACUGUGGCUUUCUCAGUCAUCAAGUGCUACCUCUGUGACUGUGCAAAACUAAUAUGUCCUGAAGUCAGUAGAUCUCCUCAGAGUCCGACGGAAUUGGCACCUCUUCCAAUUUCCUUUCAAUUGGAACAUGAAAAGAAAGCAACCACGUUUUGAGAAAGGUUUUUAAAAAUUCCAACAAGAGCUUAAUUAAAGGCAUAUUGUCAGAGGAUGGCCAUAAGCAUGACUAUCCUGCACAAGUGUCAAGCCACUGGCUUUAACUCUUGUAUUCCUGUUGUAGUCAGCCUAACAAAUAAAAAUAAAAUGAUUAAUCAGAUUAAAUGUAUUUGUUCAUCCUGU